ACAACUCUCAAUGGAAACCCCCCGAAACCCAACAACCAAAAUAUAUAAAUGAUAAAAUCACUCUCUUCAAUUUGCCAAAUUCAUGGACCCGCCCAACCCUCACUCUAUGCGGGUCCUGACCCGACCAACGACACCCGCACCGCCACCCACUCCCUCCUCGGGUCCUUCACCUCCACCUUCUUCCUCAACCUCUCCACUCCCCCACUCUCUAAACGGCGUCGUAGUUGUCGGCUUCAUAUCUCAACGACCCCAUACUUCCUCCCUGCUCAUCAACCGGGUCCUGGACUCUAACACUUUCGGUUCUGGUCGUAUGGACAGAACUCUGGCUGUUGACAAAGAGGAAGUCAAACGUUGGUUUGAUUCCAGGAGAAUCAGCUACUAUCAUGAAGAAGAAAAGGGUCUUUUGUUCUUGCAGUUUAGCUCCACUCAGUGCCCGGUUCUUCACGGGUCAAGUAGUUCCGGGUCAGGUUUUGACUCAGUUGUGGAGGAGCACGAAUUCGGGGAUCUUCAGGGAUUGCUUUUCAUGUUUACUGUCUGCCAUGUGAUCAUAUAUAUUCAGGAGGGUUCACGCUUUGAUGCUCAAAUUUUGAAAAAAUUUCGAGUGUUACAAGCUGCCAAGCACGCAUUGACGCCAUAUGUAAAGACUAGAUCCACACCGCCAUUGCCAUCUAGGCCUCAUUCUUCAUCGCCAUCUCGACCUUCAAUGUUGGUAACCUCUACUAAUAGUUCUUCAUCUGGUAGAAGUGGUGGCAUUUCAGGUCGCAAUGCUUCAGCUAUCUCUCUCAUGUCAGGUUUAGGUUCCUACACCACGUUGUUUCCUGGGCAGUGUACUCCUGUCAUACUGUUUGUAUUUAUUGAUGAUUUCUCAGAUGUGCCAAAUCCCAGUUCUAAUAUGGAAGAGUCAACAGAAACCUCCUCACUUAAUCAAUCUUCUAACGUAAGCACUUUAGCUAGACCAACCAUGCCAAUGAAAGGUUCUGGUUCAGUAGUUGUGCUAGCACGCCCAACAAGUAAAUCAGAAGGUGGUUUUAGGAAGAAGCUGCAGUCAUCUCUUGAGGCACAGAUUAGAUUUUUGAUUAAAAAAUGUCGAACACUAUCAGGUUCUGAAAGUAGUCAUGCUGGUCCAAGAGGCGGGGCUGUUUUGAGUUCUGCUCCAUUGUUUUCACUUGAUGCAUCAAGGGCUGUUUUACUGUUAGACAGGGGUACGAAUCAGAGUGGUGAGUCUCUGGAGUUUGCCACCAGUCUUGUGGAUGAUGUUUUGAAUGGAGAAGCAACCUCAGAUUCUCUUUUACUUGAAAGUCAUGGUCAAAGUUCAAACAAGGAGGAUAUAUUAUCGGUAAAGGAGUUCAUUUAUCGGCAAUCUGAUAUUCUACGAGGGAGAGGGGGAUUGGUUGCUAACCCCAACAGUGGCUCAGCUGCUGGGGUUGGUAUGGUUGCUGUUGCUGCUGCUGCUGCUGCUGCAGCAUCUGCAGCAUCUGGAAAGGCAUUUACUAUGCCUGAACUUCCAAGUUUGGAUAUAUGGUUAUCAUCCAGUCAACUUAUUCUACAAGGAGUUCUUUCUGCAAAACGUGGAUGUAUAGAUGAAAGUGAGUUUACUAAAAGAAAACCUCGUCAGAAAAACAGUGUGCCACCACAAGUUGAAGGUACUGCUUCAAGAGGUGCAGAUCCUCUAGAUAUUGCAGUAUCUUUGUUGGAAAGUGGUGGUGGACUGAACAAAAAGUUUUCAAUUCUUUGGUGUGAAAGAACUCUUCCGGCUGCCAAGGAUGCUUAUUUGAAUGACUUACCUGCUUGUUAUCCCACUUCACAGCAUGAAGCAAAUUUGGAAAAGGCACUGCAUGCUUUCCGCUCAAUGGUUAGGGGUCCUGCAGUGCCACUGUAUGCAAAGAUGUUAGAAGAUGAAUGCAAAUCCAUCUGGGAAUCUGGAAGGCAACUUUGUGAUGCUGUUAGUUUGACAGGAAAACCAUGUAUGCAUCAAAGACAUAAUGUGGAUAAUGAUGAAUCACUAGUAGGAAAUGCUGUGAAGCCUCAUUCAAGUGGAUAUGUUUUCCUUCACGCCUGUGCUUGUGGCCGUUCACGGCAAUUAAGAUCUGACCCUUUUGAUUUUGAAUCAGCAAACAGUACUACCUCUUGCUUUUCAGAAUGUGACAAACUCCUUCCUAAAGUUGAGUUACCAGAGGUAAGUGGUGUUGGGCCUAUUCAGCCAUCCUCAUGGAGUUUGAUUCGUGUUGGGGGUGCAAGGUACUAUGAACCUACAAAAGGUUUACUUCAGAGUGGGUUCUCUACCUCUCAUAAGUUUCUUUUGAAAUGGACAAUAUUUUUAGAGAAACAGAAAAACCCAAUUGAUUUAUUGGCUAGAGCUGUCCACCAAGGUUCUUUCACUAGGUCAAGUACAGAACCCAAGGUUGGACAUAAUGGAGCCAUUGACAUAAAGAAGGCUGGUGACAAGCAGUUGCACUCAGGAGACAUGAAUGGAGUUGAAAAUCAAAGAAAAUCCACUGAAAACCAUAACUCUCAUGAUAAUAAAAUUAGCUUUGGUAGAGGUCUUCCCAAUUUUACAAUGAGAAAACCCUUUUCUGAGGUUGUAGCUGGAUCUGCAGCUACAGAUUCAAAAUAUCCUCCACUCCAGCAGCAGAGGAAACAACCUUCAUUAGGGUCAGAAAAGGGUAUCAAGGAAAAUAGGGCAAAAGAUCGGAGUAUGGAGCAGGUUCAUGCAAGUGUUGAUCAAGGAUCUCAAAAAUCUGAUGAUACUUCAGCUGUUCAGGAAACAUCAAAUGAUAUCAGUUCUAGGAGCUCAGAUGGUAACCCCUUUUUACGUAUAGGUAGUAAUGUAGUUCCUGUAAAUAUAAAUGGUGGUGAAAACGUCACAUUGAACCCUACUAUGAAGCAUGUACUAGUGUAUGUUGGUUUUGAGCAUGAGUGCCCCCAUGGUCAUCGAUUCUUAUUGAAUCCAGAGCACCUCAAUGAACUUGGGUCCUCAUAUUCAUUGCUUGAAGAAUCUCAUACGCAUUCUUCUGUGGAAACCUUGGACCAUAGUUUGGCAAAUUUUUCAAAAUCAAGUAAGAAUGGUAACCAUGGGAAAGUUCAUCGAGCAUCAAAUGGGAUGAUUGCUGCAACUGCUAUAAAUAAGGUCAGGAAUAUGGAUAAGUCAAAAGAGAGAUUGUCAAAUGGAAAUAUACAUAAGGAUGGGCUGAUACAGAUUGCCAGACCAGGAAAGGAACAUAAUCAGGCAACUGCUGGCAUAGUAACCCUACCCAAUUAUGUAAAAGAUCAUGAAGCAAGCCUUCAAUCUAUUAGCAUUGGAGAUGGUGGAUGUGCAUUCUCCAUGUUGAAUAGAAACUUACCAGUAUACAUGAACUGCCCACAUUGCAGGGUCUCUAAGAAUAAGAAAGAUCUGCCAAACAUUAAGUUUGCCAGCACGAUAUCUCAGCUUCAAAGGAUUUUUCUGGUAACGCCUCCAUUUCCGACCGUGUUAGCAACAUGCCCUACUAUACAAUUUGAGACAUCAUGCCUGCCUUCAUCAGUUCAGGAUCGUGAGCAAAAGUUGCAAUUCAGCCUUGGUUGUCAAGUGAUCUUACCACCAGAGAGUUUUCUUGUACUUAGACUACCAUUUGUCUAUGGUGUGCAAUUGGAAGAUGGAAAUCUGCAGUCUCUUAACCCUUUGGAACAUGAGCCAGAGAGAACUGCCUGGAUUACUAAGGGCACAACAUUGCAGGUUAUGUCCAAGGGAACCAGUAAUCAAACUUACUGAACUUUAGGAAUGGCCUCUACUGUGAUCUACAUGACUACUUAUCUGUGACCAGCAUGCAGAGGCGGAUAUGUCUGAUCAGCUCAGCUGAUAUUGGUGUGCAAAAAUGUGCAGUGCGGCACAGGAAGCAGGCAUCAAGAUGGUUAUGAGUUAAAACUUGGUGACUGCUUGUUUAGAGCAAGAAUAUGAUCAGAGAUAUGUCUCUGUUGGAGGUGAAUGGAAAAUAAAAUGGUUUCUAUAGCUGAUUCCAGAUGUUUGGACAGCUUCAAGGUCUCAUUCGUUGAUAAUACUAGAAAUUUAUGGAGAUGUGUAUGCAGACAAAGAUGCUCUUCCUUCUCUUCUUCUUUGACAAUAUUCUAAAAUCAGAACUUGUGGCACAAGGAUUCUCAUGGGUUAUCAUAAUGCUGGAUAUGUUGAUUGGAAAGCUGCAAACAGAGAUUAUUAUAAUGCUGGAUAUAUUGAUUGGAAAGCUGCAAACAGAGAUUAUUAUAAUGCUGGAUAUAUUGAUUGGAAAGCUGCAAACAGAGAGCAGAGGAGAAUUUGAGCACGUUUGCCUGUUUCUAGGUCGCUGGUUUCUUCUACAAGUGCUUUCAAAUAAUUUGAUUCAAGGUUGCCAUUCAGAAUUCUACGAUGAAAACGUGACACCUGAGAGCUGGUGGAAUGGUCUUGAUUGAGCUCAAAGGACAAUCAAUGUACGUGCCCUAAGUUGUUCUGUGUAAUAGUUCUUGUGUUGUAAGAAUUAGAAUUAUUAGCUUUAAUAACAUUUUUUUAUAGAACAUAAUAUAAUGUUAAAAU